GGGUAGAAAAGCAUCUUGGGCUGGUGUGCACUCCAGAGUGAGUCAGUGCAGCCCAGAGCCAGCAGGCAAAGGGAGAAGAGACCACCCAGCAGCCACUGUCCUGUGGGAAAUCCUGAAGAUGGCUAAGGAUGAUUCUACUGUCCGUUGCGUCCAGGGCCUGUUGAUUUUUGGACACGUGAUUAUUGGUAUGUGUGGCAUCGCCCUAACUGCAGAGUGUAUCUUCUUUGUAUCCGACCAACACAGUCUCUACCCGCUGCUUGAAGCCACCAACAACGAUGACAUCUACGGGGCAGCUUGGAUUGGCAUGUUUGUGGGCAUCUGCCUCUUCUGCCUGUCUGUUCUCGCCAUUGUAGGAAUUAUGAAGUCCAACAGGAAAGUGCUCUUGGCGUACUUCAUUAUGAUGUUCAUAGUGUAUGGUUUCGAAGUGGCAUCUUGUAUCACAGCAGCGACACAGCGAGACUUUUUCACACCCAACCUCUUCCUGAAGCAGAUGCUGGUGAGGUAUCAGAACAACAGCCCCCCAACCAACGACGACAAAUGGAAAAACAGUGGCAUUACCAAGACCUGGGAUAGGCUCAUGCUCCAGGACCACUGCUGUGGUGUCAACGGCCCAUCAGACUGGCAGAAAUACACCUCUGCCUUCCGGGUAGAGAACAGCGAUGCCGACUACCCUUGGCCCCGACAGUGCUGUGUCCUGAACACACUUAAACAGCCUCUCAACCUGGACGCUUGCAAACUCGGGGUGCUCGGUUACUACCACCAUCGGGGCUGCUAUGAACUGAUCUCUGGACCAUUGGAUCGGCAUGCCUGGGGAGUUGCCUGGUUUGGAUUCGCCAUCCUCUGCUGGACUUUUUGGGUUCUCCUGGGUACCAUGUUCUACUGGAGCAGAAUUGAGUACUAAGCACACAGUGUCUCCUCCACAUCUCCCUCCUCGGGUGACUCUGGACGUGGUGCUGGAACCUGCUAUUUCGUCACUUGCUCUCUGUGUGCUCUCCACAGUGAUGUAUGCUUCUCUCACUCAAAUGCCAGCUCAGGUGGAAUGGGCUCCUUUUAGGCUCUCAGGCUGCUGUGCUCCUCAACAGAAAUGUUUCUCAUCCUUGCCUAAUACCCUACAACGUAUUUAUAGACUGUGAGACAGAACAUUUGGAGUGAGAUAGCUCCAUCCCUGUUUAUGUUUACUGUGAGGACACCAUGACAUUCACAGGAACGUGCCCCACCACUGCAAGCUCUGUCUGUAUUUAAUAGCAAAUUCUAGCAACAAGGAGCCCAUAUUUCUUACUAUUUUCUUCAGCCUUGCAAGAUGCGCUUGUCACUGUAUAGACUGGGAAAGGGGAGGAGAGGAGAUUGCAGAACUCUGUUCUGGUUUGGCGAUAACGUCUGUCCACACUGGUGGCACUCCUGACACACCCGCUACCUUUGGAUACUUUUUAUUCUCCGGGACAGUCCUUGAUUUUCAUUUAAUAAGCGUUCAGACUUCCUCUUCUGCCCUGCGGAGUGACAAGCAUUUAGCAACUUCAUUCUCGAUUAAUUGAAAGUACGUAAUCUUUAGGGACAUUGACACUCCCCACUUUACAUCAGCUCAAAGGUUUGAACGUGGCAGUCCAAGCCAGCUAUUAGAAUGGGUGACUGAAAGGUACUUUGUUUGCUGUCAAAAUAGUUUGCUCCUGAAGGAAGUCCUGACAACUCACCAUUGUUUGCUUAUCUAUCAAUUAAGAAGCCCAUAAAAUACACUUACUUUCUUUGAUUCCAACUGGUAAUGCAUGAGUCUAACAAAAAGGGGGUUCCAAAAGAGGAGCCCCAACUGUGGGGGUUAAAGUGAAAGAAGUGGGAGACACACACUUGUGGAUUCCUGCUGACUAAUGCACUGUCACUGUCCACACGGACAGGAAA